GUCGUGUCCCUUUAAGGAACAUGUGAUCGGACAUCGACGUUGGGAUGAUGCGGUUAUGAAAAAUAGUAUGUAUGUGUUGAACAAGGCGUUGGGUUCCUGAUCCAGGAAAGACAUUUAAGGCUAACUCUGGUGUUUGCAGUGCAAAUACACAUCAGGGUUAUUCCUACUGCGGGUAAGGAUAGUGUGGACUGCUGCGCUUCUUCAGUCUUCAGCCUCGGCUGGGAGGAGAUUCUCCAGGAAAGCAUGUGAUGAGCCAAGCUCAGAAAAAGGUCUCCCUCAGCCAGAGCUGUGGCAAGGGCUGUAACCAUGUAGAUGGUUGUCCCCAUGGUAAAACCAUGGGUAGAGCUUGGCCUGGGCAUUGUUUGAAGGAGGCCAAGGCACUAAAGCAUACAGCUAGUAGAGACAAGCAAAAGCCCAUGGAAGGAUGGCUCCAUGACGGAGGUAAGACAGGAGCCAAGUUAAAAAAGGGCAGGCCUCUGAAGGUUGUGGCCAAAAAAGGCAAAGCAAAAGUGUCCAAGAAAUUGAGGGAAGAGCGGAAUAGGAAGCUUUACCCACUACGACGACGAAGUAACAAAUCAAAAGACGAGGCCUUAAGUUGCCAUGUCCUGCUUACCCGUCUGGAGAGUGAAUUACAUGAGGAAGAGCCAAAUGCAAUUAAAAAAAGAGGUCGGAAAAAAAAGAGAAACAAACCCAACGAAAACGCCAAUAAAACGUCACAUACCCAAUCAAAAACUAAACAUGAAGCAAGUAGUAAUACAAUUGUAGCUCAGGAGCCCCGUAAACGCCGACUUGCCUCUCUUAAUGCUGAAGCAGUCAACAGCCUGCUGCUGGAGAAAACAGAUGUACCACUAAGCAAACUCCCUAAGAAACAGUACCAUGAGACAGCACUGGUUUUUAAUGAAACAGAUGAUGCAAAAAUCUGCACCCUGUCAAAAGCUGCUGCUCAAGCCCACAAGACUGAAAUGUGCCAAAACCACAAGAAGGCUAAGAAGCGCAAGUCAGAGGAAAAAGACGACAUCGAUCCGAGUCUGUACACUCCUACUCCAAGACGCCUUGCUGGACUCAAUGCUGCUGCUCUGCUGAAGCUCACGAGCUCCACUACAGGAAGUAAGCAGCGAGUAAAGACAGACAGCAAAGGCAUUUGUGCUACAGGGAAGCAGACCACAUGCUGUAAAUCCCGGGUGCCACAGCCUAAAAAGCAAGGACUCAAACAGGCUUUACCUCAGGGUAGUGGUGCAGCAUGCAAGAUCAAGGGGAGUGAGUCUAAACUGAAGUGGGAAGGACCUUCUGACUGUCACUGCUUAGCCAAACCAGGGUAUCGUUCACAUGGCAUGAUGGGAUAUCCCAUUAAAGUGGUAAAAGAAGAGCAGGUGGAAACUGAGCUUGGUUCUUGUUACUGCUGUUCUACAGAAGGCUCAGUGGAAUACUGUCACAGGUUGGCACUUUACCUGAGCCAGAAGGCCUGCAGUGAGACAGAUGAGCACCCUGUGGCCUCAGUGAAGCACGAAUGCCUGGUUGCCCCGUCUUCACUGACCCACCCAGCCCUCACCCUCAGUGCCCACCCAUGCCUGUGUGCAGACCCAUGCUACUCGAGUUACUAUGUUCACUUUGCAAAUCAUGGGCCUCGUUCAGUUUGUCUAAGUACGCAGCCAAUACCUUGUGCACACAGCUCCAUGUGUCCCAGCAGGGUCCCUGCGUCAAAGCUGCUGUCCUCCUCUGUCUCCCACGCCUCAGGAAUCUCACACCCUGCCUUCUGCAGUCCUGUGCGCUCUCCAUGCUGCAGCGAGGGCUGUAGAGUUGGCAGUUACACUUUCAGCGCUAUGCAGCCUGUCACCAGCAGGGCGUGCUCUUAUGCCACAGGCUGCUCCAACUGUAGCCAUCAAAUCAAAACAGAAGGCUGCUCUUCACCUCAAGGGGAUCAGAGUUCCUCUUUGCUUGUUCCACCAGCCCUGCCCCAUUCUGGCUGCCCGUUACCUAGGUUAAGCCCAUCCACCACGGUUCUGCCACGUCUUCUGUCCACUCUUGCAGACAACAGACAGACAGAGGUCAGGCACCGAGGACCAAGAGAAUGCCCUCAAAACACCAAACCACCCAAUGGCUCUAUUGGUGCAAGACCUACAAAACUGUCUCAGAAACAGCCAGUGCCCUGCCCAGCAAGUGCCAAACAGCAGAAAAAAGUACAUCGCCACCGCACCACAAACGGCUGGCGUCCUUUUGGAGAACCCACAGAGAAAGAAGUCUUUAUUGCGGGAGAGGACAUGACAGCACUGCGACAGUGUUAUGAAGGAGUAGAGCGAGAUGGAGAGGUGAUCCGAGUCAGAGACACAGUGCUGUUGCGCUCCGGACCGAGGAAGAAAUCCUUGCCCUAUGUGGCUAAAAUAUCAGCUCUGUGGGAUGACCCUAAGACAGGAGAGCUGAUGAUGAGCCUGUUCUGGUACUAUCGACCAGAACACACACAGGGAGGCAGAGAUCCCAGCAUGCACUGUGAGAAUGAAAUAUUCGCCUCUCGACAUCAAGAUGAAAACAGCGUGGCCUGUAUUGAGGACAGAUGCUAUGUUUUACCUUUAGCACAGUACUGUAGAUUUUGUGCCUUGGUAAAGCGCCGCUCAGAGGGGGUGCCCGACAGCAUCCCCAUGGUGCCCCAGCCCACUGACAGUGCUGUCCCCACUCACCGACUUGUGCCCGACGACGUUGAUCCCGAACUGGUUUACCUAUGCCGCCACGUCUACGACUUCCGCUACGGCCGCAUACUGAAGAACCUGCAGUAAGAGUGCAAGCCUGCGUGCAGCGCACACACACCUGCACCUCACUAAUGAUGGAAAGCCUUCAUUCUAAAAAGAUCCCUGUGCAACCUACUGGCCUUUUUGUUCUGAUUUACUGUUGAAAACAUAAACGAUCUGUUUUUCUUAUUAUUCGCUCAGGAGGGUAGACCUCAGGGAGGUCUGGGGCUGUUGGACAAGAUUAUUUUUAAACUGUCUCCACAUUCCCAGAGUGGCAGCGUGUAAAGCGAGUGCUGCAGAAGAACGGAAAUGACAGCUUUAUUGGAUUCUUGAUGAGACUCUUUGUAAAUUCUCAGUAGAAAUUUAGUUUUUAUUCACCCUUCCGUUUAAUAUCGGAAGAGGUUUUAUAUUUCCCUUUGGUGAUUUGUCUUGUACACUGGACUGUGACACUGGCAGGGGAAGUUAGAUGAAGCUGCCAUUUCAGAUUCAGAGUGUAAUCAAAUACAAUUUCUUCAAAGUCUCGCUUAAAUUGUCGGCUGAAACAAAGUCCUUAAGAUAAUCUAGCGCUCAUGUUUAGGAGAGUCUGGCUGUUUGGAUCUGGCUAUUUGUGUUAGGGGCAAAUGCUUUCUGUUCCUGUGGGACUCAAACUGUGCCAUUUCAUUGAACGGGCAAAUGACUCUUCAGUCCACCAGUGAAAUGUCUACAAGAGUAGAUGCUUGUUUUUUUCGUUCUCGUGUCUUUCUCUAUUGCGUUCAGGUCACUUUGUAAUGUUUGUCUUUUUCGUUCUUCUCAUGUCUUGCUUUAUGCAGGUCACUCGGUUGGCAGCUAGUUUUGACCGAAACCUCUAAGAAUUUAACUUCUGUACUAAAACCAAAGGUCAGCUCAGUGCUAAUCUCUGUUCUCACUAACUAAGCCCCCAGGAUCUGUGCCCUAUAAUGCCACAGGUUGGAGAAGCUGACACUUGUUUUCCAAGUAAAAGAUAUUUUUUAUCAUGCACUGAGUGGAGACACUUAACACUUAACAAAUUUAUCUGACACAUUUAUUUGAAAAUCCUGCAUGUUUUUCAUUUUCCCUUGCUUCUAGUCACCCUAGCUAAAUUGCACUAAUCCAUUGCUUGAUAUUCCUUUCUUUAUUCUUCUGUGACUAUUUCAAUUUACAGUUAAGUCUCCCUUUCUGAUUUUAUCAACACUGUUGAUAAGCAAGGAAGAGCCCUUUAUAGAACUUUUUUUUUUUUCAUUUAUAUCAGAACAAAAGAAAGAAAUAACUACUUCUAACAACGUGAAACUUAUGCUGAUUUGGUAGUCCUUUUGUUAAGUAUACACACACCAACUUAAAUUCAAGGGCGCUUUUACACCUGUUAAAAAUUUGCUGUAUGAAUCAGAGUGAAAUUGAUACUGUUGGUUUCACUUCUGAUUUGCUUUGGUUUACUUUCACACUACACAUAAUUAAGCACACCAAACAGCAAAAGAAACAUCGACUAAAGCAUAGGCUUGUGCGAUACUGAUUCAUCCCUGAUCGCAAUGUUCUAUCUUAACAUGCAACCCACAGAAUAGACAUGAAAAUGUGCAUUUCCGGGCAAUAGCAAUUGGAAACUACAGCCAUCUCGAACACUUCAUUUAUUCAGUAUAUAGUAAAACAAAUAAAACCUGAAGAGCACAGUGGAUAUAAUCCUUUUACAAAUUGGUUGUCUAACGAACAUUUGGCAUUUUCAUUCUUAACACAGGAAAAAUUUGAUCAAUAUUCUAAUUUGGCAUCUCUGAUAAAUGCUAUGGCAAUGGGGUUGCAGUUCAUUCUGGAUUCACAUGUCGAUUGUCUCAAAUCUCAUUUUAUUGGAGAGAAAACUCGCACUAGUGCUCAUGGGAGCAUAUGUUUUCUGAGAGCUUCAGGGCUGGAGCACACUAAACUUCUGCCACUCUGGGGUAAUUUCCAUUUUUGGGGGGUUUUCUCUUAAAGUGAUGAGUCAGGAGAGAGCAUGGCAAUAUUACAGUUUUAUUUCCACAGAAACAAAACAAAAGAAAAAAUUUCAGGCUAAUAAAAAAGGUUGUUCCAUCUUGCUGUGCCUCACACAUACUCAACCUACACACCCAAGACUACAGUGCAUCUAAACAUGGGCUUUUUUUACUGUCUAACACUAGCAUGCUCCAUUGUUUUUGUGGAGCUCCUAUGCAAAAUGCAUAAUGUCUAGAUAUCAUGGCAAUGUUAUAUUGUGUAGGGAUGAUAGUAUUGUUAUAUCGCACAAGCCUACUCUGAAAAUGCGUUCAUUCAUUGAUCAGAUUUACGAUGACAGAAAACCUUAAACUGAUCUUUCCCUAGCUUGUAGUCAGUGCUAAAAAAUAUCAGAUAAAUUAUAUAAAUAAAUAGGUUAAAACGUUUCGUGUGACACAUUAAGCAGUUAUUUUCCCAUUUUUCUUUGUCGAUGCAAACAUCUAAAGCACAUGGCACGUCUAGAGUACUACAGCUCUGUCCUUUCGCUGAGUUCGUGACUAAAUGCUGAAUUUUGUUUCACUGCGCUCCACUAUCUGUGUAGCCUCAAUUACCAUCUCUGAAAUCUAUUAACUAUGUGAAUCAUAUUAAUUGUGUUGAUUGAAUCAGGGCCUACGUGCUUAGAGAAAAAUCUCUGAUAUAUUUCAGUAGUGACCUCUAAGCUUUUGAACAAUGAGUAAUACUUAGCACUUUUUCUAGAUUAGCAAACGCUAGUUGAUUUGAAGUAGUUUUCAGUGUUUGAGAUGCUUACGAUUAGGAAUGCAUAUCAUUUUGCAUUUUUAAUGCUUUAACCUGUAAACCAUAUCCAUGCUCAUAUAUGAAUUAUUGACAUGUUGAACUGUUGUACAGUGGGAUCAGAAUUUCUUCAGUAAGGUAGCUUAGAUGGCUUUCCAGCAUUAUAUAUAUAUAUAUAUAUAUAUA